AGCGCGAUUAGGCGUCAGAAAGAAGAAGUACCUUUUCUAUUUAUUUAUUUAUUUUUCUCCCAGUGCACGAGACAUGGAUUAAUGCAAGAAAGGCUAGAAGCUAGACUUUGGAGCUGGAUAACUACACACAUGCGUCCUGCUGCAGAGGAAUUUCCUGAAUCCUGAUCAAGACAGCUGGAUUAUCCGUGCUGCUGCGGGACUGAUUGCUGGCAGCGGCACCAUGCUGCUGGCUACAGUAAACCAGGGAGGAGCAGAAUUCCCACAUGGGCGAGAUGAUGCUCAGAGCUUCACUCUGUGCCUCGGUGACUUUUCAGACGAUCAGUACACAGACAGCUUGGAGGCUGUGACUCUGACAGACGGCUCGACUGCAUAUAUUCAGCGUAAUACUCAAGAUGGGAGUGUACUGGAGGGGCAGGUUUUCCAACUGGAUGAUGGUGCUACUGCUUACAUUCAGCAUAUUGCUAUACAAAAUGGAGAUGAGCCCAGUGGAUGGUCAGGUGCUGCUACGAGUGACGCUGUGGAAGGCGAGAGUCUGAGUCUGGAGGCUGGACAAGCCGUGCAGCUGGAAGAUGGAAGCACUGCUUACGUACAUCACAUACCAAAAGAGGUGUAUGAUUCCCCUGCGCUCCAGGCAGUGCAGCUAGAGGACGGCUCCACCGCCUUCAUUCAGCAUGCGGUGCAGAUGUCGCAGUCAGAUACAAUUCUGGCCAUCCAGGAAAGUGACGCAGUGUCUGAUCUGCCUCUCGAGGGAAUCACAGACCCUGGGACUGUCACUGUGCUGGAACAGUACACCACUAAGAUAGAAGAAAUGAAACCUUAUGCAAACUCUGGCUUGCUCACAAAUGAAAAUGUAGUGCAGAUCGUUUUUCCGAGUCAGGAUGUCCAUCACGAUGUACAGCAGCCUGAAGAGAAAUCAUUUCAGUGCAGCUAUGAAGGAUGUGGCAAACUUUACACCACAGCGUAUCACCUCAAGGUACAUGGAAGAGUACACACAGGUGACAAGCCUUACUGUUGUGACAAACCCGGCUGUGAAAAAAAGUUUGCAACAGGCCACGGCUUGAAAAGCCACAUGAGGACACACACUGGUGAAAAACCCUACUGCUGCACAGAAGUGAACUGCACAAAAUCUUUCAAGAACUCAGGAGACCUCCAAAAGCACAUCCGAAUCCACACAGGAGAAAAGCCCUUUCUUUGUCCGUACGAAGGCUGCGGUCGGUCUUUCAGAACCUCCAACAUUUGCAAGGUGCACAUGCGCACACACACAGGCGAGAAGCCGUACCACUGCUCCGAGCCAGGCUGCAACCGGGCCUUCGCCAGUGCAACCAACUACAAAAACCACAGCAGGAUCCACACUGGCGAAAGACCGUACGUUUGCACCAUUCCUGGCUGUGACAAGCGCUUCACCGAGUACUCGAGUCUGUACAAGCAUCAAGUGGUUCACACGCCCUGUAAACCGUAUGAGUGCAGCCACUGUGGGAAGACCUACAAGCAGAUCUCCACGCUGGCCCUGCACAAGCGCACAGCACACGACGACUCGGAGCCCAUCGAGGAAGAGCACGAGGACUACGAGCCUCCCGCCGAAGCCAUCGAUGAUCCCUGCCUGAACAGAACGUCGGCGGAAAGUGUAGCACCCUGCUCAGACAUGACCUCUGACCUCUCAGAGCAGGAGCAGGUCGCCCUCGUGACACCGGAUGACGCUCAUCAGAUGUAUGUUUCUAAAGACGGAAACCUGUCAUUACAGGAAGUUGGCUAUACGAUCACCAUGGUAACGCAUGAUGGCAACAUGCUCACCCUCCCAGCCAAUGAGUCUGUACUGUCCUCUGCUAAAGUCACCAUGGUAACCGCUGACAGCACAGAGGGACAGAUGACUAUCGUAUCACCAGCUUCUUUACAGACCAAACAGGAAGCAGUGCUUCCACACCCAGUUACCCUUCUGGCCACAUCUAAUGGAAGACAAGUUGCUGUGGAGCUGAGUGAUGAGUUGACGCUGGAGGAAGCUCUGAGAAUCGCAUCGACUAUACAGCAAGGAGCCACAACAGACCUGGAACAUUAACUCUGAUGAAAACACUACAUUUUGUGUGUCUGAUUUUGCUCCAAUGUUUGGACUAUUUCCUAGAUCUUCCUGUUUACAUUCAUAUUUUUGAUAAUGUGUGUGUGAAAGAUCAGAAAGGCUGUGUGCAGUAAAAUAAAGAACUUUAUAAAACCUUAUAAAAAAUCUGUUGCUUC